GAAACACACUCGACGUCAAUUUGGACAGCUGUCACCAGAGUUUAUCAAAGCUCUACCGACGAUGGCAUUGUGGGCUCAGACUUUCGCGCUUGUCUACUUAAUAACAUCAGCGGUAAGAGGGAGAGUGGAAAAAGAGCCGUCUCCAGAGUGCAGAGCAUUCCUCUACAUGGGAACACCGCCGACCGGGCUGGAGCACCCCUCCCUUCAGUUCAUUUGCCAACGUUACAACAAGAGGCCACGCUACAUGACACUGUUCAACACUGUGGACCAUAUACCUGUGUACUCUGCAUACACUUUCAAACGCUCAGAUGGGGAGAAAUGCGUGGAUGUCCCAUGGAUGUAUGAACCGCAGCUGUCCACAUCCUCUGAUACAGAAGAGAUGCAGCCCUUCCCGCGUGGUUACAUGCACAUGAAUUUUGAAGAUGCCCAAGCCGUUCUGGACGACUAUACGAACGCCAUCCUUUACGAGCGCGGCACCCUCAACCCGGACGAGCAUCAGGACGACCCCAAUGACAAGGCCUCCACCUACACCCUCACCAAUGUCGUGCCCAUGGUGCCCGACUUCACCAACAGAGUGUGGAACAAACAGGAGCACGUCAUCCGCAAACGGCUCAACAACUACUGCCACGGUACAGCUUACGUCGUCACAGGCAUCACCACCUCGGGGAACAUGAUCCGCCGGGAGAACAUCAACCGCAUAGCAGUCCCCGCGUACUUGUGGUCCGCCUACUGCUGCGUGGACUACGACCACAACGCACCUUAUAACGAGCGCUACAAGUUCCCAUCUUUUGCUCACUAUGGGCUGAAUGAGGAGGAGAACAACGAGGUGGUGGAGAUCUCCGUCCAGAAGCUGAAGGAGUUCCUCAAGAAGACAACCUUUGUAGACCAGAACUUUCAGAUCUUUGUGGGUGACUGCAUCCCACCAGGGUCCAGUAAAAACUAAAUAGUCAAAUAUUUAGCGACAAGGCAGCUAUGUGCCAUUUUGCCAUUUUGCCUAUCUUGGGCCACGUUGUUUUUCUUCUUCUUUAAUAGGGCUUUUUUUGACUUGUCAUAAUAAGAAAAGC